CGUCUCCUGCGUGCCGGCAACAGUUGCCAGGAGCAGCGGGCUGAGUACCGGCACUCUGCCCAACCAGUGGUCUCUUCUCCGUCGUCCCCUCCUUCCCUCCCUGAAGGCCGAGGACAGCGACGUCCUCCUCUUCUCCUCCUCUUUGGUGCCUUCAGCCAGGAGGUGGGAGUGACCCGCGGCAGCUGACCCAGCACAGGCACUGCCUCUCCCACAGCCCUCAGAACACACGAUGGGCCCAGAGGCGGGUUUGCAGCACAGCAGCGACGACGCAGGCGGCAGCCCCGGCGACUCUCAACUGCCUCCCUGACCGUCGACACCACUGCCAAACACCCGAAAAGCCAUCGCCACCAACGGCGGGAGACUCUAGACGCCCCGCAAAACACCUUCGCGAUCGACUCAAGCUACGUCAACAACUAUGGCAGGCGAGGGGUGGCGGGCGGAGCCGGAGAGGGAAGGAUGGGGGCUGUACGUCACGCCCAGGGCUCCGCUACGGGAGGGGAGGCCUCGGCUCGCCCCUCAAAAUGGCGGCGGCAGUGACGCGCCUGCGCAUGGAACUCCUACGCCGUCGCGCCACGGCCGGCGGGAAGUGAGGUUCUCAGAAGAACCGCCCGAAGUGUACGGCGACUUCGAGCCACGGACGGCCAAAGAAAAGGCCCCGGUGGGAAGACAAAUUCCGCUAGAAGAGUUCCGGCCCGAUUCGGCGAAAGAGGAAGUGAGAGAACGCUCCUAUUACCUUCGGUCUCGGCAACGGAGGCAACCGCGACUCCAGGAAGCCGAGGAGAUGAAAACGCGAAGAACUACUCGUCCCCAGCAGCACUCACAGCCGCCUCCGCUGCAGCCGUCUCCGGUUACGGCCCGGAGAGGAUUACGGGACUCCCAUUCAUCCGAAGAGGAUGAACCACCUUCACAAACUGUUUUAAGCCCAACCGUCUCAAAGAAAACUAUCAGGAGAACACAGACUCCAGUGGUGAGUAAAGAUCCUGUAAUCAGCCUGUGUAGACCCCCUCUAAGAAGCUCAAGAUUUGAUUCGUCAUAUAAAACAAAUGGAAAUACUAAAAUGAGUGAAUUAGAAAGUGAAUUUGAGCUUUUUCAAGAAGCCACCAGUGUCCAACAGAAGGUCAAUUUCUCAGAAGAAGGGGAAAUGGAAGAAAAUGAUCAAGACAGCUCUGACAGUGAUGUUAUGGUUGUUAAAGUCAGAUCCGGGGAUUCUGUUGAGUCUGGAGACCAAACCACCAGAUCAUCAAGUCAAUAUCCAGAAUCACUUUGGCAGUCAUCACAAAGUCGAGACUUCACAGCUUUUGAUAAGCAACCAUUAGUGCUAACCUCGGGAUAUCAAAAAAAUCCUCAAGAAUGGGUUGAACAAACCACAAGAAUAAGGACUAGGAUGCAAAAUGAUGGUGUUCAGAAAUCAGAGCUUGGAAACCAAUCUCCAUCAACCUCCAGCCAACAAGUGACUGGACAACCCAAAAGUGCAUCUUUUGUCAAGGUGAAGUGGUGGUGGCCCCUUGUUCUGAUAGCUGCUCUUCUCAUUGGGUGUUUUUGGUACACUCAUACUCCUGAAGCAGAAACCACUGCUGUUCAAGAGUUCCAGAACCAGAUGAAACAACUUAUGAAUAAGUACCAAGGUCAAGAUGAGAAGCUGUGGAAAAGGAGCCUAACAUUCCUGGAAAAACAUCUUAAUAGCUCCCACCCUCGGCCUCAGCCUGCUAUCUUGCUGCUCACUGCUGCCCGAGAUGCUGAAGAAGCACUCAAGUGUCUGAGUGAACAAAUUGCUGAUGCCUAUUCUUCCUUCCGAAGUGUUCCUGCAAUCCGGAUUGAUGGGGCGGGCAAAGCAACUCAAGACAGUGAUGUUGUCAAACAAGAGGUGGAUCAGGAACUGAGCAACGGAUUCCGAAAUGGCCAGAAUGCAGCCGUGGUCCACCGCUUUGAGUCACUGCCUGCAGGCUCUACUUUGAUCUUCUAUAAGUAUUGUGAUCAUGAAAAUGCAGCCUUUAAAGAUGUAGCCUUAGUCCUAACUGUCUUGUUAGAGGAGGAGACACUUGGAACCAGUCUAGGCCUAAAGGAAAUUGAAGAAAAAGUGAGGGAUUUCCUCAAAGUCAAGUUCACCAACUCUGAUACACCCAACUCCUACAAACAUAUGGACCCAGACAAAUUGAGUGGGCUCUGGAGCCGUAUUUCUCACUUAGUCCUGCCUGUACAACCUGAAAAUGACCUGAAAAGGGGCAUCUGCUUAUAAGAGGAGACAGAAGAGAAAAUCAUGUCUCACGUUCUGAGAACUUUUCAAACUUUCUAACCAUAGACAGGAUCCAGAGCUCUUUUUGAAAGAAUUGGUUUCUUUUUAAAGGAGGUUAAGUUCUUAGGUAAACAUGGAAUAUCUAAAUCAUUUAUUCAACCUAAUUAUCUGUUUUUUUGAGAGAAUCGUUUCCUUGUUUCCAUUGAGAUCUGUGUUAAUGAUAUCUGAGGACUGUAAAUUAUAUGCAGUCCCAUAGAGGAUCUGCUUAGAUUCUAGGUUGAAUCAUUAUUGCUAUGGUAUGACCAGUGGGAGGGAUUAGGCUCCUUCCUAUGAAUCCACCCAAUUUUUUAACUUAGACUUUUUUCACAGUUUGUUGAGUUAUUAGUAAGACAGCUCCCUGAACACAACUGUGGAUUUCCCCUUUUGUCCUCUUCUUCAUCAUUUAGAUGUGAAUUCUGUAGUCAGCUUCUGCUUAUAGGAACAAAAAUAAUGAAAGGCCAUCUGAGUGUGUGUUUGAGAUUUUUGUUUUUUGUUUUUUUCCUUUGAUUUUGGAGGGCAAGGAGAAGGAGACAUGGGAAAAGUUGUGGAAUGGGGAGGGAAAGGAGGGAAAACGUCUUCAAGAUGAAAUGUUAAAAUAAGCCACUGAGGGAAUUCCCUGGCGGUCCAGUAGUUAGGACUCCACGCUUUCACUGCCGAGGGCCCAGGUUUGAUCCCUGGCUAGGAAACUAAGAUCCUGCAAGCCGCCCCACGUGGCCAAAAAGAAAGCCACUGAGGCUUAGGGUUAGUCAAACAUAGUUAUAUGAACUGCAUUCUCAGUGAAUUCUGUUGCGACUUGUGUUUCACAUGUCCUUUUUUUUCCUUUAAGAAAUGUUUAUUCCAAAUAUUUUGAAGCAUGUAUAUGAUGAGGUUUAGUAUAUUUGUUCACUUGGCUCUUAAGAAUGGGUAACUUCAGAGCCAUUUAUUUUGGUCAUAUCCUGAAAGUUUUGUUAAGAAAUACAAUUUCAGGAAUUGGUAAACCAUUUGUUAACCAGCUCUCCUGGGCUGUUGAAGAAGGAUUUGAUUUUCUGCAUGUCUACUUGUUGCAUUCUGAGUCCUUUAAUGACACUCUUGUAACAAGAAUAAAGAUUUACAAUGCACGUGAUAAAUUCUACUAAGAGUGCCUCAAGCGAAAAAGAAAGUGAAGUUUACCAUAUAUGAAGAAUGUUAAAAUGUACU